AUGUUGCGCCACAUGAUAACACACACAGGUGAGAGGCCAUAUUCCUGUCAGACCUGUGGAGACAAAUUUGGACUGAAAAGUCAUUUGUUGCGUCACAUGAGAACUCACACAGGUGAGAAACCGUUUACUUGUGAAAUUUGCCAUAAAAGUUUUACUCAGAGUAACAGUUUGACUUAUCAUAUGAGAAUCCAUACUGAUGAAAGACCACAUUCUUGCAAAGAAUGUGGAAAAAGUUUCAAACAAACAGGGGCUUUAAAGACUCAUCUGAGGACCCACACCAACGAGAAGCCAUAUUCCUGCAAUGUGUGUGGCAAAAGUUUAAGAUCCAGCACUAGCCUGAUGUGUCACAUGAGAACGCACACAGGUGAAAAACCAUACUCCUGCAAAAUAUGUGGAAGAGGCUUCACACAAACUGGAGCUUUGAAUGUUCAUUUGAGGACCCACACUAACGAGAAGCCGUAUUCCUGCAAUGUGUGUGGAAAAUGUUUAAGAACCAAGACUAGCCUACAGUAUCACAUUAGAACUCAUACAGGGGAAAAGCCCUAUUCCUGUAAAAUCUGUGCAAAAAGAUUCAGUCAGAGUAGCCACUUGUUCUUGCACAUGAAAAGCUCACACAGGUGAGUAGUCCUGAAAACUGAUGGUGUUUUGUCUUUGAAUGUGAGUUUAUGUCAUACCCUGAAUGGAU